GCAGCGCCCCCUGGUGGAGGAAAGAGGCGUUCAGGGCUGCUGGGAAAAAGAAACUGAAAGAAUAAAUGUGACUUCAAACCUCCGAGAGCAAAUUACUUUCACUAUGUCUUCAGAAGAGGAUUUCUCUCUCGUGACGGAGCCGUCCAUGCAGAGCUUGGAGCGAGUACAGGCAUCAAUCACCAACUACAAGAAAAAACACGAGCAGCUCCUCCAGGAGCAGAAGGAGCUGGCGACGUGCAGAGACGAGACGCGUAAACUGGCUCAGGAGUUCAGGCUGCGCGCCGAGAAACUGAGCCAGACUCUGCAGAAGGACGAGCUCGCCCACAAGGACAAGAUUGGAAAGGAAAAGGCUAAACUGAAGCUGCACAUGGAGGAAGAGUUGGAUCUGCUCAGGGAGAUCGAGAAGGUGGAGAAAGCCUUGAAGGAAGAAGCCGCUCAGAACUCGUGUCUGAAAGAGCAGACUGACGUGUUCACUGCCGUACCAGAGAGGAAGUUUUUCUUCAAGGGUGCGACGGAAAAAGCCGUCAAAGCAGAAACGUUUGAAAUGGAACCACGGGUAGAAUAUCCCAUGGAGGGGGGCACGGCGCUGGUUACGUUUGAGGAAGAAGUGGUGGCCAAGAAGAUCCUGGAGAUGAAGAGUCACCAGGUGAAUCUGGGAGAGAGCGAGUGCAGCAUCACCGUGGAGGCCAGGCCAGUUCAGCUGAUGGUGCCCAGGCUGGUGGAGAUAGACACAGAGGUGUGUCCACGCCGCAUAUUAAUCUCUGACCUGCCGAGGAUGGACACCGAGAACUUGCUGAACAAGCUGGAGAUCCACUUCUCCAAGAGGAAACACAGAGGCGGAGAGGUGGACGACUGUGAAAUGAUGCCUGACUCUUGGACUGUGGUCCUCACCUUUGUGGACAAUGACAUCGCUAAACGCUUGACAGACAUCGAGUACCAUGACGUAAAGCUCCAAAAUAAGAAGCAGAGAGUGAGGGUGACUCCUUUUCUCAACGGAAAUAUCACAAACCUAAAGACCAAGAUGUCGGUGUGUCCCCGGACGGUGCUGCUGACAAGAAUCCCCGUGGUCACGGACCGAGACACCCUGCAGGAUCUUCUGGAAAUCCACUUCCAGCAGACGAAGAAUGGCGGAGGAGAGAUCGAAGCGUUCCUGUACAACCCGCUGGAUGAGCAAACCACGGCGCUGUUUCAGGGCGUCUCCCAAAACAAAGACGAGUAGAUUUAUUCCUGUAGCUCAGUGAAGAAACGUCUCAGAGACUGGAUCCAGCACAGACACAAAAAUCUGUUUCAGUCUUCAUGUCGUUAUUUUUUUCUGAUACAGCAUAAUCUGGCACAAAAAUGGGAUGAGGUCAUUUUUUCUGGAAUAAAAUCUCUGUCACUAUUGUUUAUCUACAUUCUAAGACUUUUAAACUUAAGCUGUGGAUGUUAAUGGAUGAAGGACGUGUACCUGGUUGUUUUAUAUAAUGACAAAUACAGUGUAUGCAAAACCUCAUUAGUCACUAAUCUGUACUUUAAUCAUGUAAAUCACAAACAAGUUUUAUUAUAUAAAAGAUGUAAAUGUAACACGUCUGAUUUUCCUCUGUGCAAUUAAAUUGGUGUGUGAAAUGUU